GGAACGGAGCGCGGCGGGCAGGGCUCUGGGCCGGGUCCUGCCGCCGCGCACGGCGGGGCAGGAGCCCCGAACGUGGUUAGCCUCUUCGCGAAGUGCCGCAGUUAGGGAGGAAGUUGAAUAACUUAAAGAUGUUCUUAAAAUCCCCAGGAUAAAAAAUCGGGUUUUACACUUUAAUAUAGUCUGAGCAAGAAGGAUUUGGUCAAGAAUUUUAUUAGGAAAAAUUAGUGUAAAACCUGAAAAUGUGCGAAGCAACGUUAACAGAAUUAAGAGAGUACUGUUAGGAAUGAUCUGCAGGUGGGGCUGUGGACUUCCACCUGCAAAUGACCUUUAUAUCAAAAUGGUUUAUGUUUUGAUGCAUGAGAAGAUAAUAAAAAUUCCAUUGGUGGGUUUUUCAUGGAGCUGGGGGGAAAUACUAAGUAGUUGGACCUGUUUCAAACCAGAGCUUAAUUCUCUUUGGAAAUAAAGUAUGCCAAGGAAGAAAGAAAAUGGCAAAGACAGAAAAUGUUAAAGACACUGAGUUGGCUUCAGUUUUGAUCUCACAUUGACAGCAUCUCUGGCUAAGCCACGCUUAUUAACCUGACAGUGGUAAGGAAAAGGGAAGAAGAUAGGCAGAGAACAUUAGAUCACUAGUGCAAGCAUCAAUUACAAGAUGGACUGGCAAUAGUUGCUGGUCAUGGGCUUUUCCUGAAGUUGUUUAUGAUGUGUUCGGUUUACUUUUUUCUUCCUGGCGUGAUCCAGCGAGCCUCUGUCAAGUUAGAAGGUCCUAGACUCUGACUGGGCACUUUAGCUGACAGCAUGGUGAUAAACUUGCUUCUACUAAUCCACUGAUUUCCUGUCUCAGAAUGAAUCUUGCUUCCUUCUGGAAGACUACGUAUUUAAAAGAACAAUCUGCAAAGGACUCGAGUAUGUCAUUUGUAGUUCUUGAAGAACCAGAUCAUCCUCAUUAGGCAGAUAUUAAUCAGAAGACUGGAUAUAUGUAAUUUUUUAAAAACCUGCAGUGUAGUGCAGAACUGCAACAAAAACACCUUAAGGAGCCAACUCAAGCAAAAGUAAAUGUUCAGAAUCUUACUGAAGUCCCUUCUUUAAAACAAACAAGCCCCCAAAACCCAACCCAACCAGCCAAAACAAUAAAGCAGAAACAAACACCCAAACCAAAAAAAAAAAACCAACCCCAAACAGCAAACUUCCAGAUAUUUGGAAAGACGAGGUCAACAUUUUAAAGAUUCCCUGCACAGGACAACCUAUGUAGUAUCCAUCGCUGUAUAGCCUGAUCGCCCUCUGCAUCACUAAUAAAAAUGGCUGGACCACUAAUCAAAGUGACGAUUUGUAAGGACAAAGAAGGAAGACCUAAGUCUUUUGGAUUUGUCUGUUUUAAGCACAAAGAAUCAGUGCCUUAUGCAGUAGCUUUGCUGAAUGGAAUCCGUUUGUAUGGAAGACCAAUUAGAGUGCAGUUUCGGUUUGGGAGUUCUCACUCAGCAGAACUGAACAGCCCUAAACGUGGUUUUGAGAACUAUACUGACUUACAUUCACCUUCAUAUAGGUAUCAAGAGCCGUAUGGAAAUCCUCAAUUUCCUGUUACUCGUUUUCCAAUGAACAGUAGUUUACCUUAUGAAUAUUCAGGCUUUCCAAAGACGGUGAACAGUUUAGGACAGCAGUACCCAGUACAGAGUCCAAUGGUUCAACAAUUUCCUUAUUACCAGAUGACUCCACCACAGCCUUCAAAUUUCUACUUUUCUCCCUAUCAGAACCAAGCUGCAAACUUUAAGUCUGCACAGAGUUCUUUUGAAAUGGCCCUGCCACACUCAAGUAACUAUGGAAUGCACCAGGUGGAUCAAAGAACCUCUAAAAGAAAGAGAGAACAGCAAAGUUAUGACAGUGACACUAGCAUUGAGGAUGACAAAAUGAGACAAAGAAAGGUUGGCCAAAAAUACAGGAAGUGCAAAGCCAAGAGAAAGAGGCACUAAUACUGUGUAACUGGAUUAGUCUUUUUGUUAUUAUUAUAUUUGCUGCUUUUAUUUGAGGGGAAUGCAAUCUUUCAUCUUUGCACUUUAUUAAAAAAAUGAAUGUUCAA